AUGGCUGCAUUUCAGCUACACAACAAGCAAAACAAUUCAAACAUCACUAUCACUCCCGAUGAUAAAGGCCUAUCAAUAUCCUCUCCUGAGGCAUCCACUUUCCACGUUGAUUACUGGAAAGUUGUCAAUUGCUAUAUAGACGAUGAGAAGGUCAUAUAUCUUUCUGUUUUGUUGUCUGAACACAAUAACGAACUAGUCGACUUUUACGGCAUUGCAAACGACCUUGAUCAAGGAAAUGAAACGCUCAUUCAAGACAUACGCUCGAAAUCCAAACUGAAAAGUGCACGCCGUUUGAAAGCACUCGUUAAUCCAGUAGGGGGUACAGGCAAAGCUGUCGACUAUUAUGUUGAGACAGUCGCACCAAUUCUGAAGACCUCAGGCUGUAUUGUUGACAUGCAAGUCCUCGAAUACAAAAGACAUGCCUUCGAUAUAGCUAAGGCAUUAGAGCUAGAAUACGAUGCAGUUGUUUGCGUGAGCGGAGAUGGAAUACUGCAUGAAGUCCUAAACGGUUUCUUACAUCAUCAAACACCCUCAGAAGCGUUCAAGAUGCCGCUUUGUCCUGUCCCUGGUGGAUCUGGAAACGGCAUCAGCGUUUGUGUCUUGGGAGCUGAAGAUGGUCUUGACUUGAGCAUCGCUGCGCUCAAUGCUGCAAAAGGCGACGCAAUCCCGCUCGAUCUCUUCUCCAUAUGGCAGGAUGGUAAACGCACACUCUCUUACCUCACACAAGCGGCCGGUUUGAUGGCAAGCAUAGACAUAGGCACCGAAAAUCUGAGAUGGAUGGGCGAUACACGGUUCACUGUGGGGUAUCUCCGCUCACUCUUUUGGAAUGCACCAUGUCCCUGCGAGAUCUACAUAAAGGUCAAAGAAGACAACAAGGACGAAAUGAUCAAACUUUUACACGAGAAAAGGCUGGAAAAGCCUUUCUCACUGCCUGAAUACACCCAAAUCCCUCCUGUCACCUAUAAAAAUGGACCUCAACAAGACUGGAUCAAGAUAAGCGAUGAUGUGUUUUAUCUCUACGCUGGUCAGGUACCUUGGGUUAGCAAGGACUUGAAGCAAUUUCCCGUUUCCAUGCCAAACGACGGCUUUAUAGAUGUUGCCGUUCAGCUAAAUGUCUCACGUAUGCACAAAUUGAAGGCUAUGGAUGGCGCCGAGCAUGGUGCUAUGUUCUUCGACGAUUCAUUAAAGUACUACAAAGCAAAGGCAUACCACUUUAACCCUCUAGAUAACUCAGGCUACCUGGCUGCAGAUGGUGAGCAAAUACCUUUGCUGCCAUUUACUGUUGAGGUUUUGCCAUCGCUUGGACGUCUUAUUUCUCCAUUUACUUCUUGGAAUAACAGCUUUCAAGAGGAUAAUUUGUAA